GCAUUGACUGAGCACUGGUAAGUAGCGUAGAGUAAAGUUUUGAUAGGAAACUUCGUCAUCGACACCAUCGAUCGACGAUUCUAACCUCCUUCGACAAUGUCCUCUGCAACAGAAACACUCUCCAAUUUCAAAGAAGCCACACUAUCAAUCCUCUCCACGCGCCACCCUUGGUCCGAAUUCCUCUCUUUCUCCACUCUCUCCCUACCAUCUUCCUUCUCCGAAGCCACCACGCGCGUCGGAAUCAAUCUCACGCGCUUCCUUUUCAACUACACCUUCAUCUUCCUCUUCAUCCUCCUCAUCAGCCUCGUCUACCAUCCUCUUGCCAUCGUUCUCCUCCUUAUCGCGUUCGCUGGUUGGUACUUUCUGUUCUUCUCACGUGACUCCGAUGAGCCUCUGUCGCUGUUCAACGUCGUGGCGGUUGAUGAUCGUGUUGUUGUUGUGGCGCUGGUGGUUUUUAGUUUGUUUGUUGUUUGGGUGAGUGGUGUUUGGGUGAAUGUGGUGGUGUCGGUUUUGGUUGCGGCGGGUAUUGUUUGUUUGCAUGGGGCGUUGAAGAGGACGGAUGUUGGUGGUUUGGAUGAUUAUGAAUCGCCGUAUGGUCCUAUGCUAGCUACUGAUACUGCUGGUCCUUAUGCACCUGUUUGAUAUUAUUGGCGUCGAGGUGUCAGUGUCGUGUCAGGUGUUUGCUAUUUGUAGUUUUCGUUGUAGUGUUUGAUUAUUUGGAUUCUAUUUUUUUAACUUUGUAGAUUGAAUUGAAUUCACUAACAAAGCUACAAUUGGUUACUACUUUUUAUUUGUUAUGCAAUUUAUUAUUUAUAUGAAUUGUUGAAAUUAGUGGAUUA